ACUUCCAUCUUCUCCAACCAACAGGGAUACCAUAGUGGCAAUAUUUCAAGCCAAUUCAGCAUUGUCACAUAGAAAAGUCGCAAUGUGUGAUUAAUUUGGAAUAUCGUUACGGUGGCAUCCGGGUUUACGAAUGUGUUUUGAGCUUCCAUAGACCCAAAUAUCUGCCCUUAGCACCGAUAUCAGACAAUGGAACCUCUGUAGUGGCCUAUAGGCCUAGUGAGACAGUGGAAGGUGAACUGGAUUUCCACUUCCAACAUCAGCAACAACUAGUUACUGUCUUACUGAUCACAUGAUCACAUGUCACUGCCCCAUUCAACAUUAGAUAAAUAAAAUAAGCAAUGGUUAGUUAGAAAAAGAAGUUUAGAAAAUUAUAAAAUGUCGUUCACGGGCUCUGCUCAAUUAUGUCCUGUCUAUCUAAUAUUAUAAUUUAUAUCUACCGCCGAAUUUUGUUGCUAAAUAUUCUCUCUGAGACCCCCUGUGAAGUGUUUAUACAUCUCAACCAAAAUCUUACUUCACAACCAACAAUGUCUUCACCACCACCAUGGUCACUGCCUCCAGCUGCUUCUCCAGUAACCACCCCACCAUUGCUACUGCCAUUGCAACCGUCGUUGCCGCCCCCAUUGUCACCGUCAUUGCCGACCCCAUUGCCUCCGUUGUUGCCGCCACCAUUGCCACAGAUAGCACCAUUCCCAUCCCCACCUUCUUUACCCACUACUCCUCCUGCCCUGCCACCUAUACUCAACUCUGUCCCUCCUCCUGUGUCCUCACUGCUACCGCCUCCUCUAACAUCUCCACCGCCUCAGCUUCCACCAUUGCCAGCUCUGUUGCCACCAACAACUUACACUCCACCACCACCACCACCUUCAGUAGUCACCUCUCCACCUCCACCUUCUUCACCACCAAAAACUCCAUUGCUAUCCAAACCUUCUCUACUGCCACCUCCAAACCCGCCAUCACCAUUACCAACACCAACACCACCACCACCACUACAUGUUUCCCCUCCAACAACCCCAUCAACCCCUCCCCCACCACCUACAUUGGCAACAACUACGCCACCAGCAACUCAGACACCGCCCUUAGAGAGUCCAAGCCACGGCUCUUCCCCACCUGCAUUGCCCCCUAGUACUCUGCCGCUGCCGCCAACAUUGGCCAGCACCCUGCAGCCACCCUCAUCUAACAAAACUAAUACUACAAACCUACCUCCAACAACAUUGCCAAUGCCACCCCAAUUAAUGCUUCAUCCACCAUUAUCUUCCUCACUGCCAGCCACCAUGCAAGUUCACAACCCAAGACCAAAUAUGAGCACAGCUCUCAUAGCUGGAUCAUGUGUCAUUGGUGGACUUGUUGCCAUUGUGCUUCUGCUUGCCAUUAUAUUUCUUGGUUACAAACGUAGGAGGAGUAAAAACAACAGUGCCCUUUUGGAGGAUCAUCAUAAAACACCAUCCUUUUGCCCAAAAGAUGAUUGUUAUGCUGUUCCUUCACCAGGGGUCCAUGUUAUCAGGGUGCUAUCUAGAACCUCUGUUCUGCAAUCUCCCAUGAGCCGCACUGCUGGUUCUGCUUCAAUCAUAUCCCGGUCUGAGAUCCCAUAUCCACUUCAAACUCAAGGGCCAGCUGGUUUUCCCUCAGAUGUCUCAAAUGGGAUUUUCACAUAUGAUCAAUUGGCGGUGGCCACCAAUGGCUUUUCAGAAGCCAACCUUCUUGGGCAAGGCGGUUUCGGGUAUGUCCACAAGGGUGUGCUUCCAAGUGGCAAAGAAGUUGCAGUGAAGCAGUUGAUGACUGGAAGCCGGCAAGGGGAGCGAGAAUUUCAGGCUGAGGUUGACAUCAUUAGCCGGGUUCAUCACAAGCAUCUAGUUUCCUUGGUUGGGUACUGCAUUAGCGGGGCGGAGAGGUUGCUUGUGUAUGAGUUUGUUCCAAACACCACCUUGGAACUCCACUUACAUGGAGAAGGGCAGUCUGUUCUGGAGUGGGAAACCAGAUUGAUAAUUGCUACUGGGUCUGCAAAAGGACUAGCAUAUCUUCAUGAAGAUUGCAAUCCGAAAAUCAUUCAUCGUGAUAUCAAGGCAUCUAAUGUUCUUCUGGAUGAUAAGUUUGAAGCAAAGGUUUCUGACUUUGGACUGGCCAAAUCUUUCUCUGAUACCAACAUUCACAUGACUCACUUUUCCACUCGAGUUGUGGGAACAUUUGGGUACCUGGCUCCAGAGUACGCAUCGAGCGGUAAGGUGACAGACAAAUCAGAUGUGUAUUCAUACGGUGUUGUACUUCUAGAACUUAUAACUGGACGACCGCCUAUCAGUACAAUCGAAUCCAUGAGGAACAAGGGCCUGGUUCAGUGGGCCAGGCCAUUGCUCACUCAAGCCCUGGAAGAUGGUGACUUUGAUGCUCUUGUUGACCCAAGAUUGGAGAGAAAUUACAACAACAAUGAGAUGGCUAGAAUGGUUGCUUGUGCCGCUGCUUGUGUACGGCAUUCAGCAUGGCUUCGACCACGAAUGAGCCAGGUAGUCCACGCUUUAGAAGGAGUUGCUUCAUUGACGGAUCUUCGUGAAGGAAUGACACCAGGAAACAGCACAUUACAUAAUAGCUUGGGGAAUUCAUAUUACAGUUCCCAGCAAUACAAGGAAGAGUAUGGCAUCAGUAUGUACAGUGGAACUACCAGUGAGUAUGGUCUUAACCCUUCUGGCUCCACCAGCAGCGAGGCCAAGCAAACAUUCUGAAGUUGAGACACCAAAGCUUGUUAUUGGGGAAUGAUUUUUUAUUUGAUUUUGUGUUAUAUAUAUUCCAUUUUUUAAUUGCCUUUUUUGGUAAAUAAUUUAAUAGUAGCCCCUUUUUUACUGGGUUUGAUACCGUGGCUUUGCUUGUUCAUAUCUGUUAACUGUUGAGAGUUGAGAAUUUUUCACCAAAAAGGACCUCGUGUAAAGAACUGUGUAUUAAGAAGAGGUACUUUUGCCAUUAGCAAGGAA